AUGAACCGCGUCCCAGGAGUUUGUCAGGCGGACAUGGUAGUCUUCCCCCUCACGAUGAUCAAUCAAACGGACGGCUGUGAUACCAACUCAGUUCUUGAGUCCCGUGCAAUUCUAUUCAUCUGUCUUUCCUCUCGUGCUCAUGCUCCCCCUUCAUCCCAUGCCAUCCCUUUUCCCCUCUCCCCUCUUUCCCCUCCCUGCCUUUCCCUCCUUUUCAGACACGGGCGUAGCGAGCGAGGAGGAGUGGAACAAGACACGGGCAUAGCGAGCGAGGAGGAGUGGAACAUCAGCCUACAGAACGCGCCUCUUAAUGAGUCGGGCCUUAACGAGGAUGGAAGCUCGUGGUAUCGCGAGAGCGGGGAGGACGUGGGCGAGAACGGGUACCGGUGCCGGUGGAGCAUCAUGGGCGGGAGGAGUUCAGACGGGUCCGUGCAGUGGAAGGAAACGUGGUGGGAGAAGAGCGAUUGGACCGGAUACAAGGAGCUAG